AUGGCGGAGGAAUCCACGCUGCGCAGCUUCCUGCAGCUGGAAGACGUGCGCGACCGGUACAUCACAGACCUGAACACUGAAAAGAAGCAAUUCUCAUACGCAGAGCUGUACGAGGAAGUGGAAAAUCUGCGGAGCUUUCUAAAAAGCAUUAACGUGCAACCAGGGGAGGAAAUCUCCAUCGUCCUCUUCAACAGUAUAGAGUACGUGGUGAGCUUCCUUGGCAUAAACUACAACAAAAACAUAUGCCUUCCAUUGAACACAAAUUUGAAAAAAGAGGAAUAUGUAAGGUACCUAGUCAACAACUGCAAGUAUAUAAUUAUACACGACUAUGAUGAGGACGAUGAGAAUUAUUUUUCGAUGAAGAAAAAACAUGGCUAUUACAAAAAUGUGUGCAAGUCGAUUGAGGAGUUAGGCACCGAGUACAACAUUGGGGUUAUACGAAUUAGGAAGAAUAAAAAAGCGCCGUUUUUUACCUACUCGUUAAGCAGACCCUAUGGUGGGAGCCACGCAGGUGGCAUGCAAGGAGAGCUAAAGGAGGACAAUGGAAUGACCAAAAAAGGUAGCGAUGUCUGUUUGCAUCUGCAUACAUCGGGAACAACAAGCAAAGUGAAGAUAGUUCAACUGACGAAUGAAAAUAUUAAAACGACUAUUAGGAACAUCACCAGUUCGUACGGACUGAACAGAGAGGACAACACAGUCAUUGUGAUGCCUCUGUAUCAUGUGCAUGGCUUAAUCGGAGUUCUCAUGCCAAUUUUAUAUGCCAAAGGAAAUGUCCUUUUUCAAGUAGGUCACUCGUUUAGUGCCUCUGAGUUUUGGAAAGACGUCAUACAUCACAACGUCACUUACUUCUCUGCCGUCCCGACCAUUUUGAAGAUAUUGCUCCUACGGUACGAGAGUGACUAUUUCGUGGAUGGCGUGAAGGUAAAACACAAGUUGAGGUUUAUUAGGACGUCCAGUUCGCAACUGGAUGAGCAUAUGGAAAGGGAAGCGGAGCUGAAAUUCGAGACGAACGUUUUGCAAGCCUAUGGCAUGACGGAGGCAUGUCACCAGGUCAGCACGAAUAAGCUUAUUCUCACCGAUGGGAAACACGUAUCAACUGUUAAGAAGUACAAAAGUGUGGGAAUUCCAAACGUAGGGGUUGUCAUAUACGACCACGAAAAGGGGAAGGUUUGUCGAAAAAAUGAACUCGGAGAAAUUUGCAUUAACGGUAAGAACGUAAUGUUUGGUUACAAAGAAAUGAAGGACAAUGAAAAUAUAUGUGUUCAUGUAAAUACUGUGAAGGAAAAGGUAGACUAUAUGGAGGGGAAUACCUUUUUGGUCACUGGCGAAUCUGUACCUUUCUUUAAAACUGGAGAUGUUGGCUACGUGGAUGAAGAGAACUUCCUCUUCAUUGCUGGCCGAAUUAAGGACAUAAUCAACAGGGGGGGUGAAAAGAUCAUCCCGAACGAAAUUGAUGACGUGGUAAGGGAUGACCCGCGGGUUUCCGACUGCUUAGCCUUUGCGUGUACGGAUGAGGUGUAUGGCGAGGCCAUUCACGCGGCGGUCAUUUUGGACGAGAAGAAGUUACCUUGGGGGGGAGGUCCGCUUACCGAUUCGCUUCCCUCCACGUUCACCCCUUCCAUCGUGCCCAGCGCCCCCCAGCAUGGCAACCCCCCCGCAGAAAACGAAUUCAACGUGGAGUUCUCCCUUAGCCUGAACUUCAAGUACCACCACCUGAGGGAGGAGCUAACGGAGCACAUAAAGAAACGACUGGCGGAUUUCAAAGUGCCCAAGAAAAUAUACUUUGUGAAUCAUUUCUUAAAAACAGACACGGGGAAAGUAUCGAGAAGAAAAAUGGCAGAAGGGGUUGACCAUUUGAGAAGAACUCCACUGAAUGUGUUCGACGUGCUAGCCUUAUGCUUGAAGAAGGUUCACCUGGAUGGUUACAUUUAUGGGCUGUAUGGAAUACCCGUUAACAAAAUAAUUCACAGUUUUGUGCGAAACAAAAUUUACUACAUAAGUUUUAGGAACGAAAUAAAUGCUUGCCUAAGUUGCAGCUAUGUGAAUUAUUUCGACCAACACAAGGAAAAGAAAAAGGUGGGAAUUAUGCUAACGUGCUCAGGACCAGCAUUUGUGAAUGCCCUGCCAGGGUUGUACAACGCCAAGGUGAACCACUUUCCACUUAUCUUUAUAUGCUUCGAAAAUUUUACUGCUAAGAAUUUGACUCAGUUUGAUAAGCAGAAGAAUUUCCAGUACUUCCCACAGCAGCAAUUUUUGGCAAAGGCCAAGGAGAUGUGUGCAGGGGUGUUCCAUGUAGAUUCGCCGGAUGCGUUUCCUGAGCAGCUGUACAAUUGUCUGGAAGCAUGUGUAAGGAUGAAGUCUCCCGUUUACUUAAACCUCAGUUAUGACCUAAUCGGGAAGGAAGUGACCCUUGACAGGGCUCUGCACUUAUUGGAUCUGAGUGACGGCUACGCACGGAAGUACCACCAACCACUGAACGUGUUGAACGGGCAAAUCACUCUCUCCAAACAGGAAGAUCAGGAGUUCAAUAAAUUGUUACAGCUAUUUUGUAGGAUUUACCAGAGUAACAAAAGAGGGGCGAUCUUCCUAGGCACCAACUGCAACCGUGGCGUUAAGUACGUCUUGAAGUUGUCUCACUUGAUGAAGAUACCCAUAUAUACAAGCACCAUGGCCAAAUGUUUUGUUAAAGAAAAUUAUUUGUACAAUGCUAAUCAGUGUAAGUCGUUCCUCUUCGAAAAUCUGGACUUUUGCUUCGCCUUCGGAACUGUCUACAACUUUUAUUUCAACUUUGGAAACUUCCCAAAAUGCAAAAAGGAGAAUAUGCUUUGUGUUGAUUUGACGAAUGAUGUAUUUGACCCUCAAGUGGACUCCCACUGUGAGCACUUCUUCUUCUCCGACUUGUACAGAGUUGUGAAGCAGUUGUAUUUCUCCCUCAAGGGGGGAGCCCUAUCCAUUGAUGUGGACGCACGAAUGAGCUGGGUCGCCGCCAUCCAAGAGGCUAAACAAAAGAGCAUACAUAAACUUUGCUGCCGAGUGGCAACCCAGUACUUGGUUUCUGAACAGUUUACCAUGGAACAGGUUAUGCUUAUCCUCAGACACUGUCUGCUCGAUUAUUUCUUUACUCGAAAUGAAAUUCCAUCGACGUACAAGCGGUACUUCAUCGAUUAUUUUAAGUACGUUGACCGGGCGAAGCUGCGUGGGGUGCUUCAGGGGGAUGUCCUCCCUCAUGGGAAUGGCGAAGCGGACCUGGGUGCGCCGCAAAGCGACUGUGACCUGAGUGACAGCAGCUCGGAGGAGGGAGAUCAAAGAGACGACACUGGAGGACACUCCCUCCCCAGUAAGAAUAAAACGUGGAAGAACAGAAAACACAAGUUCCUCAACCAGGAAAUAAAAAAAAGAGUCGUAAUCACCAACGAAGGGUCCAUAACGCUACACUUGGGAAUAUUAUAUUUGCCCCAGCUGGGACCAUACAAUUUUAUCAUACCGCAGAUCAAUGGAAUGAUGGGUGUAUCCAUGAACGCAGCUAUAUGUGCCGCUCUGAACCAUCAGGAAAAUGUUGUUUUUGCAAUUUUAGGAGAUUCCUCCUUUGGCUUUACCUCCAACGAAGUAGAAACCAUAUGCCGCUUCAAGUUAAAAGUUGUUCUCAUUAUUUUAAACAACAACGGCGUAUACGGUGAUAGGGACUUCCAAACAAAGGGACCACAUUCUGAAGAGGUGAACAAGGGUGCCCAUUUUUUUCUACACAAUCCUUCCGCUCUUUACCAUUUUAGCAAGUACGAGAAUUAUGUAACUGCCCACGGGGGAUAUGGUCGCUAUGUGGAUAAUCGGGAAGACUUUCUCCAGCAGAUCAAGCACGUCAUGAGCGAAAGUUUUAACUCCUUCCCAGUGCUACUAAAUGUUAUCGUGGGGGACGCUCAAUCGGUCAAGUUUGACGUGGACAAAUAUAUACAGUGA